UUUUCGGUUGGAGAUGCAUCGAAAGACGUGGCGCUAGUGUUCUCCGUCCCAUAGUAUAGUCAUAUAGUGUGACUUUGACUGUCAACCGUGGAUGUGGAAUGUUUUGUGUUGUGAGUGAAUGGUAGUUAUAGGAAUUGUUACAAUUUCGUUUGUCAUGUGAUUAUGUGUGCGUAUCGUCAGAUAAGCGAUUGUUGUGUGAUAGUUCUCUGAAACAAUACAACAGUGUGGAAUGGUUCCGGAGUGUCGGAGGCGUCUUCUCGAUUUGUGCGGUUGAGGAGAGUUCAGCACGAUGGGGAAGCUGUUAUCGAAGAUCUUCGGCAACAAGGAGAUGAGGAUAUUGAUGCUGGGACUCGACGCUGCUGGAAAGACUACUAUUUUAUAUAAAUUAAAAUUAGGUCAGUCAGUCACAACGAUACCUACGGUCGGUUUCAACGUGGAAACCGUCACGUAUAAGAAUGUCAAAUUCAAUGUCUGGGACGUCGGGGGGCAGGACAAAAUACGACCACUCUGGAGGCAUUAUUACACAGGCACUCAGGGUCUGAUAUUCGUGGUGGAUUGCGCGGACCGGGACCGCAUCGACGAGGCCCGUCAGGAGCUACACCGGAUCAUCAAUGACCGUGAGAUGCGCGACGCGAUCAUACUCAUCUUCGCCAACAAGCAGGACUUGCCUGAUGCGAUGAAACCGCACGAGAUCCAAGAGAAGCUCGGGCUGACGCGCAUCCGCGACCGCAACUGGUACGUGCAGCCGUCGUGCGCGACGUCGGGCGACGGGCUGUACGAGGGGCUCACGUGGCUCACCACCAACCACAAGUUAUGAGCUGCGGAGUAGGCGGCGCGCCCGCCCGCACUAGCACGGUGAAGAUUUCGAUGCCAUUUAUUAUAAGUAAGCUGCAUCCGUGCCUGUCGGAUCUAGAAAUUUCCACGUGAACCAGUGUCGAUUGGACUAUACGCGAGUGCACACUGUGGCAGUGAACCGACUAUAGACUUAAACUCUAGUUAGUCAUACAGUGAACUUAUUGUCACACAAAUGAUAAAUCAAUUAUUCCAUUAUUUAAAUGAAAAUUAGAGCUUUGUUGUAUCGAAA